UCACUUGUUGGAGUUGUAAGGAACCGUAUCGUGGCUACUAAACCGGGGAAGCCGCGUGUUGCAGCGUCCCGCCAAUUAUCUAAGCCCAUGUGCCGCACCGCCAUCGGGGCCAAAGAAUUCUGCCUUUUCUUCUUUACGCCCACCAACAAGGCAUUUCUACUUAUUCAGUAUCACCAUAUUUUCGCAAGCCAAUAUGCCUGGGAAAGAGCUCGUGGACCCGUGCAUAAAUUGCAGUGAUGACGAGGCUUUUUUGGACGUCCGCGCGCGACGUCUAUGCAGAGAAUGCUUCACACGUUACGUGUAUUAUAAAGUCCUUCAGCGCAUGGAAAAACACCGUCUCAGUCAUGAGCGACGCACGAUGCUUCUCCCCGUCUCAUACGGACUAUCCUCAUCGGUUUUGCUGCAUUUGCUGCACGUUCAGAUAGAGCGCCAGAACUCGAGGCCGAGCCGUUUCCCUGGCUAUAAUCUUCAUGUGCUAGUCGUCGAACCCUCCAGUAUUUGUUCGUCGAACCCGUCGGAUGAACAGAAGUUCGGCCUGAUUCAAAAACAUUUUCCUGGACAUUCUUAUACUCGGGCCCCACUUCACAGCAUUUUCGAGGUUGAUCCUGAUAUUCAGAAGACGUUGUCUGAGUUUGCUGGACCCAGUUUCGUGGAUGAUCUUUCUUUGUCGCCAAAGGAGCGCCUCGAUGCUUUCCGUGCUUCGAUCCCCACUGCCACAUCCAAGACCGAUGUCGAUUAUGCCUUGAUGAAUCGCCUUGUCGUUGCCUAUACAAAGAAGUUGGAUUGCACAGCGGUGUUGUGGGGAGAUUCAGAUAGCCGACUUGCUGCAAAGACUCUUGCCAAUGUCGCCAAGGGGCGCGGCUCGGCGCUGACAUGGCAGGUAUGCGAUGGGAUGUCUCCAUCGGGCCUGGAAUUCAAUUUCCCGCUACGAGACUUGUAUCGCAAAGAACUACAGAGCUAUGCUGAGCUCUAUCCGGAGCUCACGGAGAUUAUCGUACCUGAAGAACCACCAUCAGACAAUAUGCUUACGAAAAACCUCUCGAUCGAUGAGCUCAUGAUGCGUUACGUUCUUACACAGGGUGAGAAGUACCCUGGUGUCAUGGCGAAUGUGACAAGAACCGCAAGCAAACUUGAGCCGUCUAAAGCCUCACCCGAUGCACCUCACUGCGCCUUUUGUAAAGCUCUCAUCAGAGGUCCUGAAGGAAAAUCGAAGGGAAUGACGGCCGCGGACAGUCUGAAAGAGGACCAAAACUCUCAAUUCUGUUACGGGUGUGCCAGAUCACGCCCUGACCUGGCCUGCUAAUCAAAUAACGAAAUAUACAAUGACAUUAGAUUGAAACAUAACAGAUAAGGGGUGCUCAUAAACUGCUAGCCCCUCCAG